UCUCCCGCGCCUCCUCCCGGCGGCCCAGCCCAGAAUGAAGGCCUUGGCUGCGGAAGCGAAAGCGAAAGCGAAAGCUGCUCGAGCCCUGACGCCUGCCCUGGCUGAGCGUAGCUGGCUGACCAGAGCCGGUAGCGAAGUUGGGAGAGGCGGAGCGGACCUCAGCGCUGAAGCAGAAGACCCCGGAGCUGCCGUCUCCCCGCCGCGGCUGGUGAGUUGGUGGGGAGGGGAACCUGGAGCGCCAACAGGGACGCAGCCCAAAGCCAUGCUGCUCCCUGACCUGAGACCCUGGACCUUCCUGCUGCUGGUGGACGCGGCUUUACUGUGGCUGCUUCAGGGCCCUCUGGGGACUUUGCUUCCUCAAGGGCUGCCAGGACUAUGGCUGGAGGGGACCCUGCGGCUGGGAGGGCUGUGGGGGCUGCUGAAGCUAAGAGGGCUGCUGGGAUUUGUGGGGACACUGCUGCCCUCACUCUGUCUGGCCACCCCCCUGACUGUCUCCCUGAGAGCCCUGGUCGCGGGGGCCUCACGUGCUCCCCCAGCCAGAGUCGCUUCAGCCUCUUGGAGCUGGCUGCUGGUGGGAUACGGGGCCGCGGGGCUCAGCUGGUCACUGUGGGCUGUUCUGAGCCCUCCUGGAGCCCAGGAGAAGGAGCAGGACCAGGUGAACAACAAAGUCUUGAUGUGGAGGCUGCUGAAGCUCUCCAGGCCGGACCUGCCUCUCCUCGUUGCCGCCUUCUUCUUCCUUGUCCUUGCUGUCUUAGGUGAGACAUUAAUCCCUCACUAUUCUGGUCGUGUGAUUGACAUCCUGGGAGGUGAUUUUGACCCCCAUGCCUUUGCCAGUGCCAUCUUCUUCAUGUGCCUCUUCUCCUUUGGCAGCUCACUGUCUGCAGGCUGCCGAGGAGGCUGCUUCACCUACACCAUGUCUAGAAUCAACUUGCGGAUCCGGGAGCAGCUUUUCUCCUCCCUGCUGCGCCAGGACCUCGGUUUCUUCCAGGAGGUGAAGACAGGGGAGCUGAACUCACGGCUGAGCUCGGAUACCACCCUGAUGAGUAACUGGCUUCCUUUAAAUGCCAAUGUGCUCUUGCGAAGCCUGGUGAAAGUAGUGGGGCUGUAUGGCUUCAUGCUCAGCAUAUCGCCUCGACUCACACUCCUUUCUCUGCUGGACGUGCCCUUCACAAUAGCAGCCGAGAAGGUGUACAACACCCGUCAUCAGGCAGUGCUUCGGGAGAUCCAGGAUGCAGUGGCCAGGGCAGGGCAGGUGGUGCGGGAGGCCGUUGGAGGGUUGCAGACCGUUCGCAGUUUUGGGGCUGAGGAGCAUGAAGUCUGUCGCUAUAAAGAGGCCCUUGAACAAUGCCGGCAGCUGUAUUGGCGGAGAGACCUGGAACGCGCCUUGUACCUGCUCAUAAGGAGGGUGCUGCACUUGGGGGUGCAGGUGCUGAUGCUGAGCUGUGGGCUGCAGCAGAUGCAGGAUGGGGAGCUCACCCAGGGCAGCCUGCUUUCCUUUAUGAUCUACCAGGAGAGCGUGGGGAGCUAUGUGCACACCCUGGUAUACAUAUAUGGGGAUAUGCUCAGCAACGUGGGAGCUGCGGACAAGGUUUUCUCCUACAUGGACCGACAGCCAAAUCUGCCCUCACCUGGCACACUGGCCCCCACCACUCUGCAGGGGGUUGUGAAAUUCCAAGACGUCUCCUUCGCAUAUCCCAAUCGCCCCGACAGGCCUGUGCUCAAGGGGCUGACGUUCACCCUACGUCCUGGUGAGGUGACGGCACUGGUGGGACCCAAUGGGUCUGGGAAGAGCACAGUGGCUGCCCUGCUGCAGAAUCUGUACCAGCCCACCGCGGGACAGGUGCUGCUGGAUGGAAAGCCCGUCUCACAAUAUGAACACUGCUACCUGCACAGCCAGGUGGUUUCAGUUGGGCAGGAGCCUGUGCUGUUCUCCGGUUCUGUGAGGAACAACAUUGCUUAUGGGCUGCAGAGCUGCGAAGAUGAUAAGGUGAUGGCGGCUGCCCAGGCUGCCCACGCAGAUGACUUCAUCCAGGAAAUGGAGCAUGGAAUAUACACAGAUGUAGGGGAGAAGGGGAGCCAGCUGGCUGCGGGACAGAAACAACGUCUGGCCAUUGCCCGGGCCCUUGUGCGAGACCCACGAGUCCUUAUCCUGGAUGAGGCCACUAGUGCCCUGGAUGUGCAGUGCGAGCAGGCCCUGCAGGACUGGAAUUCCCGUGGGGAUCGCACGGUGCUGGUGAUCGCUCACAGGCUGCAGACAGUUCAGAGCGCCCACCAGAUCCUCGUUCUCCAGGAGGGCGAGCUGCAGAAGCUUGCCCAGCUCCAAGAGGGGCAGGACUUCUAUUCCCGCCUGGUACAGCAGCGGCUGAUGGACUGAGGCCCCAGGGAUACUGGGCCGUCUUCUCAGGGGCGUCUCCAGGACCCAGAGCUGUUCCUGCUUUGAGUUUCCCAGAGCUGUGUGGCCAGAUAGUUAUUCCUGAGUUGCAGGCACGAUGGAGAUUUGGACCCUGUGUGCUUUUGGUGGGAUGGAAGGGUGGGGUGGGUUUGGGUGGGGGCUGUCUAUGUCCAGGAAACUUAAUUCCUUGGUGACUAGAGCUUUGCCUGGUGAUGAGGAGUAUUUUGUGGCAUAAUAAAUAUAUUUUAAAAUAUUUUCCUUCUUACAUGAACUGUAUACAUUCAUAUAGAAAAUUUAGACAAUAUAAAAAUACAAAGAAGAAAAGUAAAAGUACCCGUUGUGUCACUUCCCAGAGAUAACCAUAGUUACUAUUUUGCUGCCUGUCCCAUCAGUUGUUUAUCUGUUUUUUGAGAUAGAAAUUAACAAAAAAUGACAUAAAUAUUCAUGAGAUUGCCUUUCUAUAUCCUUCCCUGUUCCCACCAGUAUCUGCUAUUUUGAAGAAGCUAGGGUAUGGAGGGACAGAGAACAGUUCCCUGAUUAACAGUAUUAAUAACAACAUUGGUAACAGCUACAAUUUAUAGAGUUUUAAUGUGAGUAGGAACUAUGCUAAGUGUUUUCAAUGUAUUAUUGUUUUUAAUCAUUAUCCCCAACCCUAUGAGGUUGGUUAUUACCCCUGUUUUACAGACGAGGAGACUGAAGCUCACAGGGGUUAAAUGACUUUCCCAAGGUGGUUGUAGUAGUGGACUUGGAGUUUGAACACAGGCCUGACCCUAGAGUCCACACGCUGACCCAAGAAAUGAUAUUGCAUCUUGGGUCCAUAAACCCUAAUCCAUAAUCAGAUUGAGAAAAGCUCUGCUGCUUUGAGCUCUAAAUAAUUCUGAAUCUAUUCUCUUCUCUCCGGUCCCAUUGUUACAGUCUUCACUCAUAGACUUAAGAUAAUCCCAUCACCAGAGCGGUUUCUCUGCCAUUAGCUUCCCUCUUCCAGCCAUUCUUCACAAAGUCAUUUUUCUAAAUUGUAUGUCACAUACGAUGAUGGCAUUUCUGAAAAUUCCUUCAGGUGCUCUUGAGCCCUACUGCAGAGAUCCUUUUCAGGGCACACAGUGUUCCAGCCCAUCUGUCUCAGCCUUUCCUGUUGCAUUCAGCUCCACAACAAACUUCUUGCCCUCCCCAA